CAUCCCGGAGCGCACCUUUUUCCCCGACGGUGGUGGAGGCGUUGGGCUACAGCUUAGCGGAGGGUGGUGUGUGUGCGUGUCAAGAGAAGGAAGAAAUCAUGUCCUUCAGGCGAAGAAGAAUGAGGUGCAAUCGCGCCUGAGGACUGAGCUCUCUUCCUCUCAGGGAGGAGGGGAUCCAGGGGGCUCGCCUCCUUCAUCCCGCGGACCAAAAGGAAGCCCCAAAGAGCUUGAUCUAUUAGGUAACACGGAAGCCAAAAAGAAGCAGGGCAACGGCCCCCACCCACCUCGUCUCGUCUCCUUGUAAAAAAGGAAUGUAGCUUUUGAUGGGACUGGAAUGAAACAGCAAGUUUGGGAAGUUAACACUGCCGAUGUGCUGGAUGGAUUCUGAUAUUUCUCUGUUGUAAACGUGUCCACGCGAACACACCUAGGCAUACGGUCUUUUUUUGGGGUGAUCCUCCUAGUGAAGUAUUGAGAAUCUUAAAAAUAUGUGGAUGGGGACAAACUGGCAGAGUGCUGGACAAAUUGAUAUAAAUGUUAUAAUUUCCAUGGAUAUGUGCUUACCUAGAUAUACACAUCCAUGAUUUUUUCUCUCUCCUGGUGCCUAAACUGAGAAACUGCAUUAUAUUGACCAAAGGAUAUUUUGUACUGAAUGUCUUGCAGUUUAGGGAGUGAUUUUGUUUUAUAGUGCUCUAUCAUUUCUCCCUCUUGUUUGAAACGGGAGUCUUUGUAGUUUUUUAAAAUUUGUUCAAGUUGUAUGUGUGCGCAGGAGAACAGCUGUUUGGAAGACUAAACAGUGAUAAAGCUUGUUAAAAUAAACCCCACCUGGAACAGAGAAAACUCAACCAUUUUUCAUCAUGUGGACAUUUCUGGGUAUUGCGUCGUUCAUCUACAUCUAUAAGAAGUGUGGAGAUCUGCUGAACUAUGCCAACAAGGAGGUUUUGAUCUCCAUGCUGGUGUUCUUCUCACUUGGUUUGCUGCUCUCUUACCUUUAUCGAUCCCAAAGGAAGCAUAGACAACAUUCUGGAAUGCUGUCCAAUUUCCUGGCAACUGUGCCACUCAUUAGCAUUUUCUGGAAUAAGUCACAUACUGGAUCUCCAGGAACUUUACAGCCUAAGUCCAGAAAGGGGAAAAGGGGAGUCAAUAUAUCACCUGAGACCACAACGGAGACUGCUACCGCUUCAGCUGCUGCUACUCAAUAUGAUCCAGACGUUAUCAUUGUUGGCGCUGGUGUACUUGGCUCUACAUUGGCAGCAGUACUAGCAAGAGAUGGAAGAAAAGUAAUAGUAAUUGAGAGGGAUUUGAAGGAACCUGACAGGAUAGUUGGAGAGCUGUUACAACCUGGAGGAUACCGGGCUCUGAAAGAGCUGGGCUUGGCAGAGGCAGUGGAAGGGAUUGAUGGCCAUGUAAUAAAUGGCUACAUCAUUCACGACCUGGAAAGCAAAUCGGAGGUUGAAAUUCCGUACCCUUCUGGGGCAGAUGGCCAAAUACAAAGUGGAAAAGCUUUCCAUCACGGGCGUUUCAUCAUGGGCCUCCGAAGAGCAGCUAUGGCAGAAUCCAAUACAAAAUUCAUUGAAGGAACAGUGAUGCAGUUGCUUGAAGAAGAUGAUUGUGUAUUCGGGAUUGUGUACAAAGAUAAGGAAACCGGAGAAACAAAGGAGCUCCAUGCGCCUCUGACAGUUGUUGCUGAUGGCCUGUUUUCCAAGUUCAGGAAAAAUUUUAUUUCUAGCAAAGUUGAAGUCCCAUCUCAUUUUGUAGGAUGCAUUUUGAAGAAUUCACCUCAGUUUAAAACCAACCACGCAGAACUUGUUUUGGGAAAUCCUAGCCCUGUGCUUGUCUACCAGAUUUCUUCCAAUGAAACGCGAGUUCUUGUUGACAUUCGAGGUGAAAUGCCAAAGAACCUGAAAGAAUAUAUGAUUGAAAAGAUUUACCCACAGUUACCUGAACACCUCCAGGAAUCUUUCCUCACAGCUGUGCAGAAUGAUCGUUUGAGGUCUAUGCCAGCAAGCUUCUUGCCACCUUCCUCUGUUAACAAAGCAGGAGUUCUUCUUCUGGGAGAUGCGUAUAACAUGAGGCACCCUCUCACUGGUGGAGGAAUGAGUGUUAUUUUGAAUGACAUCAGGAUAUGGAGACACUUGUUACAGGCCAUUCCAGAUCUGUAUGAGGACUCUGCUCUCUUGCAGGCCAAGAAGACAUUUUAUUGGACGAGAAAGAAGUCCCACUCCUUUGUGGUCAAUAUUCUUGCUCAGGCUCUUUACGAAUUAUUUGCUGCGACAGAUGAUUCCCUGCAUCAGUUAAGGAGAGCCUGCUUCCUUUACUUCAGGCUGGGUGGUGAGUGUGUAUCUGGUCCCGUUGGAUUACUUUCUGUCUUAUCACCCAAGCCUCUCGUUCUGAUUGGCCACUUCUUCGCGGUCGCUCUCUAUGCUGUUUAUAUCUGUUUCAAGUCAGAAUCUUGGAUCACCAUGCCUCGGGCAAUUUUCAGCAGCCUUGCAGUGUUGUACCGGGCUUGCUCUGUCUUAUUUCCUCUUGUAUACUCUGAACUAAGGUACCUCAUCUAUUGAAGUCAGAGAGACAAAGCUUCAAGAAGAGGAACAACUUGUAUCCCUUGCCUCAUCUGUCUUGUGGAUAUGGAACGGGUCGGUUCUGUCUCUUCUGUUUUUGUUAAAUCUUCUUUUUUGUAAAGGAUUUGGCCUUAUGUGAUUAUUUUAGUUGAAUAGAUUUCUAUAUGGAGAGAGAGAGAGAGACAGCUUGACACACUUGUAUUUGUAAGUUCUAGGGGCACAGACCUGGAAUCCUCAAGUGAUUUAUAUCUGUGAUAGAUAAUGUGUGGAAGGGAGAAGGGAGUUAAUUGUGGCUCUCUUUGUGAGAAUGGAUCUCUAUAACACGGAAGUGGAAAUGAACUGUCUCUGAUUUGGUGGCUGCCAUGCCAUGCUCGUCCCUUCCCUUUGUGACCCUGGGGCUAAGAGCUGGAUGUACAAUAAAACCCGUAUUAUAAGGGCUCUUUCCUGUACACAAGAGAAGAUAAUCCAUGAAUUGUUAGCUUAGCUUACAGUUAGAUGGUAAACAGACUUCAGGGCUGCAUUCUUUGUGACUAUAAGGUGGGAAUUUGCAUGGUUGAGAACUGUUCCAUAUAAAACCCUAACCCAUAUAAAACCCUAACCCUCACCCUGCAUAUAGCAAGCUAGCACAUCAGGGAUAAAGCUACAAUAAAAUCUUUCCCCCUAUAUAUUUUUGUUAUGCCCAGAGAAUAAUUUUAGUAGGGGAACAUUCUGUCUUAUUGAGGCGUAUUUGCAGUUUGAAUUCCACAUAGGUUUUACCACCUAUGAACUAAGAGAGAACUAAGUUUGUUUGGUUUCUGCUAUACAGUGCUGGCUCAGGUAUGCUCUCUGUACUACAGUUUGUUUUAAGGCAGGAACGGGGAACCUGUGUCCUCUCAGAUACUCUUGGAGGGCGAGAGCUCUCAUCCUCUGUAACUGUUGUCCACGCUGGCUGAGCCUGGGGAGAUGAUGUCCAGUAACAUUUGGUGCUCCGUAUCUUCCCCAUUCCUUUUUAAAGGGGCCUUGUGGUAGUGUUCUAUAAAAUGGAACAAUUUGGCUCUUAGAUGUAAAGAGAUGAAUACGCUUGUGUGACUACAAUACACACAGAAGAAAUAUGCAAGUAUAGAAAUGAAGUUUCCAAAAGAGGUAGAUGUUUACAAGGAGCACUACUAAGUUGAUACCUGAACUGCUGACCUGAGCAUGCCCAGUUUUGUUUUCAUGAAGGUUAACAAAACAAAGAAGGGGCAUAUUGAAAUCUUAAAAGGGUGCUACUGCUAUCUGUAUAUUCUUUGGUUGAUAUUAAUGUGAAACUUCCCUUUACUGUCAGAUAAAAUAGAACGUCGUACUCAAUUUGUCCAUCUGUGGUUAAACGUAUCACCACUCCAUCACUCAUAAUAAUCCAGAGGAAAUAUAUUUACUGGAGGGUAACGGUAAACAUGCACAGAGUCACUUGUAACAGCCACCCCCCCAUGUAAGUGUGUGCACACAUGGCCGAUAGGAAUGUUCCCACCCCUUUUUAGUUUUUGAAAAAGGGCUUUAUGUGCAUCUUUAGAUGUGCGAUGUCAUUACUGGUUUUAAAAAGGAAUUGCACAUCCACACACAUGAAUGGAAGCAACGUGAAGAAAAAAUAAUGAAGUUGAGGGAGAGUGAUGGGGUGGGGAAGCAGAGGUGGUCCUGAGCUCCCUGGAGGCGCUGCCGGGUGCCUCCCGAAUCGCAAGGGGGCUCUUUCUGUUUCAAGCAACUGUCCUCAUUAAGUUAGUCGUAGUCUUGAAAACAGGCAUGAGCGAGGAAGUGGCAAACAGGGGAGGUGGGGAAGGGGCAGGCAGACAGAUGGCUAGCAGGAAUCAAAGAAGUGGUUGGAAUAGCUGUAAAAUAUGGAGCAGAAAAGAACCAGAUGAGGUGCCAUUUUGAACCACAGUAGAGCUUGACGUCGUGCGAUAUGGCAGGACUUGCGGAUUCAGUCCGAUUUUUGCCAACAUUGUAGAUGUCACAUCUGUGACAAAAAGCCAGAGGAGGAAGCUGCAAGGCAAAGAUGAGGGUCAGUGGCCCUCUUGGCAUUACUGGGCUGCAGUGCCCAUUACCCAUCAGUCGCGAUCAGUCUGGUUGUGGUUGAUGGGCGUAUCAGUAGAAGAACACGCGUUAUGCGUUCCCUAUCUUCUAAGAACAGUAAUAGGGUAUUGUUACAUCAUAUGCUGCACAGUCGUUCUUCCAACUCUCGUCAAUGGAGCUAUAACACUGCCUUUUUAGGGCCUAUAGAAUCUGACAUGGGAUGGCAAUCAUCUGUGUCCCCUGCACGAAAGCAACAUCAGUGCUGCGAAUGAUUACAGUGCUUUCUGCAGUUUCAGCAAUGUUUUUUUU